UCAAAGCAAGGCCCCCGAGUGGCCUGGAGGUGGUGAGGCAGGUCUGUAUGUAGUGCCUUAUGAGUCACUGCCAAGAUGGACGCCUGCUGUGGUUGCGGCCCUCUAGCCCUGGGACGGCCAGCCUUGGUCACCACCGAGCUCCCCUGCAGUGAGCAAGCACUGCUGUGAUAAGGGCAGUGGACAAUAGGGAGGGAGGUGGCGGGCAGCGGGGAUGGAGGAGAGGGCUGGCUGAGCCUCAGAUGAGGUCACCUUUGAGCUGUGUCCACCCGAACAAUAAGAAGGAGCUGCCAGGCUGGGUUUGGGGGGGCCAAGCCUCCCGGGCAGCAGGCACGACCUGUGCAAAGGCCCUGAGGUGGCCCUGGACUGUGAGGUAUAGGGGAGCUGGACAGGGCCAGCACCCUUUGUCCUUUGGCUGAUGUCUGCGCUUAUCUCCAGGGAGGAGAUAAGACACUAGGCUUCCCUGCCCCACCUGGGCCUGGUCUCAAUUGUCUCGGGGGCGGCUGCCUGAAACUGAACGCUGUCCUAGUUGCCAAGGACAGGACAGCAAGCAACUCCCACCUCCAGCAGUGGGCCCACCCCAGCACCUCCUGCCCACUGGAGGAGACCUCCUGGCAGGGGGUCAGGACCGGGAUCCUGGGGAUGAUCUCCCGAGGGAGAGUGGGCCUGGCCCCUGCCCAGGUGGCCUCAGGAGCCACUUUGCACCACUGCCCUACACCCACCCACUGGCAGCCUUCCCACUGGACCGGCCAAAAAGAAAUUCGAGGCUGAGCUGGGGCCCGUGGGUGGGCGGGCAGGGCCUCUCCUGUGACUGAUGGGCGCCAUGGUGACCAGAUAGUGCUGGCUGGGAGGGCGGGGGCAGGUGGCUGGGACGGUCCAGGGGCCUCCAGCUGGGCCUGUCUUGUUCUACCCCAACUCACAGAAGGACAAGCUCCUACCCAUGAGGACAUUCAGGACAAAGAGGUGGGAUGCCCAUGGGACAGAUGGUGACAAGUGCUGGGGAGACUGAUGGUGGGGGAGGGUUUUAGAUGGGGGUCAGGGAGGCACACCAGGUAGGCGACAUCUGUAUAAAGCCUGGAGGUGAGGGAAGAGCCCUGCAGGUACCAGAGGAACCACAUUUCAGGAAGGGGGAACAGCCAGUGCAAAAUUGGCGUAUUGGAAGAGCAGCAGGGAGACCGUGGCCAGAGGAACCAAGGAGGCUGUGAGGGCAGGUGGUGAGGCGCUGGGCUUUCACUGAGUGAGGGGUGAGCCACGGAGCAUCGUGAGCAGAGGAGCUGGCCUUGGUAUCAGCAGCUCCCUCCAGCCUGUGUGUGGUGAGGAGGGAGCCAGGACACCAUAGAGGAAGAGGGGGGUAGCCCAGGGUCACUCAAGGCUGCACAGGUGCAGGGAGGUAGCCAGACUCCGGCAUGUCUCAGGGGUGGGGCCCCCUGGAAGCCCCCAUUGCUUUCUCUACCUGUACACCUGAAGGUCAGGUUGGGCUGGUGGCUGUGGGGGACCCAGCCCAGCUGCUGUGGGGCCUAUCCCUGCAUCCUGAACCUUAAAGGCCAGGUGGCAGCGGGAAGUCCUGGGUGCUGGAAUAGGGGGCCUGCAGUGCCAGGUGAGGUGAUGUCCUCUGAUGGCCACUGGGGGCUUUGGGCUCAGGGCCUGGUCAGUAGAUUAUGGAAGGUGGGCAUCGUGGGCACCAGCAGGUGGCACCUCGGCCGACAGCCCCUCUUCCCAGCUCUCCAGUUAGCCUCUCCAACGCUCCGGGCCAGGACCAGACCUCACCAUUCCCUGGGACCCUCGCCACCUCCUCAUGGCCUCAGGUCCUGGCACAUCUUGGCACAGUCUCAGGACCAUCCCGUGGCCUUCCCACACUUAGCAGGCGUAGGCCCUGGGGAUCGGCCGGGCCUUGCAGGGAGGCUGAGGGAGUGCGUGCUGAUAGAAGAGCUGGAUCAAGACCAUGACUUCAUUAGGGACACAAUGCCCCUGGCCAAGCGGUGCCGCCUCCAGCCUAGAGAUGCCUCCAAGAUGCCUGAGAGCGCCUGGAAGUUUCUCUUCUAUCUGGGCUCCUGGAGCUACACCUCCUACCUGCUCUUCGGCACCGACUACCCCUUUUUCCGUGAUCCACCAUCUGUCUUCUACGACUGGACGCCGGGCAUGGUGGUGCCACGGGACAUCGCAGCUGCCUACCUGCUGCAGGGAAGCUUCUACGGCCACUCCCUCUACGCCACGCUGUACAUGGACACCUGGCGCAAAGACUCAGUGGUCAUGCUCGUCCACCACGUGGUCACCCUGGUCCUCAUUGUCUCUUCCUACGCCUUCCGGUACCACAACGUGGGCAUCCUUGUGGUCUUCCUGCACGAUAUCAGUGACGUGCUGCUCGAGUUCACCAAGCUCAACGUCUACUUCAAAUCCCGAGGCGGCUCCUACCACAGGCUGCAUGCCCUGGCGGCCGACCUGGGCUGCCUGGGCUUCUGCUUCAGCUGGUUCUGGUUCCGCCUCUACUGGUUCCCUCUCAAGGUCCUGUAUGCCACGGUCCACUGCAGCCUGCGCUCCGUGCCUGACAUCCCCUUCUACUUCUUCUUCAACGCGCUGCUGCUGCUGCUCACCCUCAUGAACCUCUACUGGUUCCUGUACAUCGUGGCGUUCGCCGCCAAGGUGCUGACGGGCCAGGUGCGCGAGCUGAAAGACCUGCGCGAGUACGACGCGGCGGAGGCCCAGGACCCCAAGCCCAGCAAAGCUGAGUGAGUGUGGAGGGGCCUCUGCCCCACGCCCGUUCCCUUAGCAACAUCCGUCCGAGUGCACUCUGUGGCCAGGCCCCCAAGACACAGCAGCGGAUGAGGCCGACGCGGAUGCUGCCCUGGACCCUACUCGGAAACAGAGACUUCGAUAAAGGGGUGGGGGACGUAGCCACAGAGUGGACUGCUGUGAAGGACCGAACAGCGAGGAAGGGGAGGGAGGGGCCUGGGCAGGGGGCAGAGCAGUGAGGGGCCAGAGGCUGGGUCUUGGGGGCAGAGGCAGCGAAGGCCAGGCCCAGUGGCCGGCGUGGCCAGAGUGGGCAAGCCAGGUAUCCGUGGGUCCUGAGGAGUAGCCAUUGGCCAGGCCAGACAAUGACCUCUGACCCACGUCCCCACCGGAGUGGGUGGCAGUGCAGGUGGGAGGAGGGAGUGCCAAGGGCUGCAGAGAGAGCCCAUGCUGUGUCCAUGCUGAGAUGUGCUGGCCUCGGGGUCCGACAGGGAGCCCGGUGGCCAGCCAGCAGGAGGUGGGGCUGGGCGCUCAGAGCCAGUCUGGCUCUGGAGGGAGUCCUGGGGCUGGAGAAAUAAAGGGGCCUCAGUGAGCCUCCUGCAGGUGGCGCCUUCGGGCCCUGCCAGCCCUGUGUUGAGAGCCAGAUGGUGUCCAAAGCCUGGGACCAGGGGAGGGGGGCGGCGCCCAACCCAGCGGUUAAUGGGGGCAGGUUUGGGUGACAAGCAGGGUCUGGGGUGUGCGGCACCCCAGAGGUAACAUGAGGAGUAUCUGAGCAGGCUGUCGAAGGUCCCAGAAGGUGGUGACUGGCCAGGCCCUCUGAUUUGGCCAGUGGGGCCAUUGGUGACCUGGCACGGUGGUUUCAGGGAAGCAGUGGCUCAGAGCUCAAUGCAGUGGGUGGGAACAGGAGGAGAUGCAGAGAUUUAACAAACCCCGGCUGUAGCAGGAGGAGGAGUGUGGUCAGACCCCAGCUGAGGAAGGGAGAACCAACCAGACUUGCUUUGUGUGUAGGUAAAACAAAAAUAAAAGAAUCAGAUACUUUGUUCCUUCUCCACUCCCACUGCUUCACUUAUCUAGCCUAAAAGAAAAAAAAAAAGAAUCAAAGAUAAUUCAGGACUUUUGGCUCAAGCUGCUGUUGCCUGAGAUGGGAUCAGGGCAGGGCCAUGUGCGCUGGCAGAUGGGGGCUGUUGGGAGCCUACUCUGAGAGUGUUGGAUUGUAGCUGUGCCUUGAGUGUGAGUCCGGAAUUGUGCAUAGGGAUCAGCAAGGUCUCACCAAGGAGUCUUCCAGAGGCAGCAGUGGCCACAGAGAAUGGGGUCACCUGUUUGGCCAAAUCUAAACAUCUAAAAAAUCCUUUUGCUGUGGAACAGUGAACUUGUGGUAGAGACAUCCUUGUAAAUGCAGAGCCCAAGGCAAGGGCAAGCCAGACCUCCCGGCCCCACCAGUGUCUGGCUCUCUCUCCCCUGAGGAUGUCCAACCAGAACACAGGGGGAGGGCUGGCACCCCCAGCCCCACAUGAGAGCGCUUCCACUAGGACGACAAAGCAUGGACUGCGCACAGAAGUGACAGAGCAUACCAGGGAUCACCUUGCCAUGACCGACCCCAUGGGCACCACCAGCAGAAUUUGAUUCUCCAAGUACAGCUAGGGUUAGCACAGGUAGGUAUAAAACAGGGUAGGAUCAAGGGGUUCAGACUACGAGACAUCUUUCAAAAGAGGCUCAGAACUGUCAAGAUUGUGGAAAGCAAGGAAAGACUGAGGAACAAUCCCAGGUCAGAGGAGACUAAGGAGAUGUGACAACUAUAUGUGACAUGGGCUCCUGGACCAAGAGAAGGACAUCUGUGGAAAAGCUGGUGAAAUCCAAAUAGCAUCUAGGGUUUUGUUAAUAGCAAUGCACCAAUGUUGGUUUCUUGUGACAAAUGUGCUGUGGUAGAAAUGUCAGAUGCAAUGUUAGGGGAAGCUGGAUGAAGGGUACCCAGGAGCUCUCUGUACCAUCUUUGCAACAUUUCCACAAACUUAAAAUUAUUCUAAAAUAAAAAGCUUAUUUUUAAAAAAAAGGCAUGAGAGACCAUCAAAAUGGCAUUGGAUGUUAUAUUACUUUCCUAAGGUUGCUGUAAUAAAGUACCACAAACUCAGUGGCUUAA